UCACCUGUAGCGCCCGCGCCCAGUUUCUGCGUUUUCUCCAAGCAGGAGCGGUGAUAGAUUGUACUAAUUGAAAGUAAUUGGAUGUACUUCAAUUAUAUUUUGUAAAUAUUUACCAAAAAAAGUUUCUGUUCAUAAUUAAAGAAGUUGUCUCCGUGGAAUGGCUGUUGGGUUUUUGCUCGUAUUCUCCGCAGUAUUAUAUUUUUCUUGGUGUAUUCAAGUGGACAUCCCUGCAGCUUCCUAUGAUGUGGCUAGAGGAGACAAUAUAACAAUACCUUGUACUUUCAAAUCAACUUUAACUUCAGUGACUACAGCCACUGUUGAGUGGUCACGUCUUUCAAAAGAUGGUCUUUCUAAGGCACUCAUUUUAAUGUACUACUGGCCAGACAAAGAUACUGACAUAGGAGACGAGUAUCAAAAUCGAGCUGCAUUUGCAGGAGACAUUCCUAGGAAUACUGCAUCAGUUAACAUCAGUGGGAUAUCAAUGGUUGACAAUGGCACUAUUGAGUGCAAUGUUAAUGUAAAAAAAGAUGUGACUGGGAAAAUCCAGGACGUUACAAGUUUAGUUGUAUUAGUUGCUCCUUCAACCCCAGUCUGCUCACUGGAAGGAAAGCCUGAGUAUGGGGAAAAUAUCCGUUUGUUGUGCAAAUCUGCCGAGGGAUCUCCAGAACCAACUUAUAGCUGGCAGUCUUAUAGUGCUGCAAACAAGAUGAGAGAUUUGCCCCCUAAAAGUACACAAGAUAAAGGAACAUUGACCCUUGUGAAUGUUUCCAUGGAUACAUCUGGAUUUUUUGUGUGCACAUCAGCAAAUAAAAUUCGAUCUGCUAUGUGUAAUAUGACAGUUGCGAUAUACCCACCUUCCAUGAACAUUGCAUUUACUGCAGGAAUGAUUGCCUUAGCAGUGGGUGCAAUCAUUAUCAUUGGAAUUGUAGCUUACUGCUGCUGUUGCCGUGACAAAGGCCAGGGUGAAGAAUAUGAAAUGGAAUACCCAGAUGAAAAUGCUGAAGAGAAGCUCAGAACAGAACAUGGUGAAACAGCCUAUGAUGAUCAACCCGAUGAAGAACAUGACCGUUCUCAACCACCUAUGUUGCCUCCAAAUAAACCCAAGGGCACAGUUUAUUAGGAAUUUCUGAUCUUGUUGAAGUACUCAAAAAAAAAAAAAAAAAAAAAAAAAAAAAAAAAAAAACUUUUUUUUUCUCUUCAUUUAAUCAUUAAAUUUCCCAUCUUGCAGAUUAAGUGCUAAUGUUUCUAAUAAUACAGUUUUAGAAAUUACAAAUCUAAAACCUCAAUACAUUUUUGCCAUGCAAGAAACGCAAUUUUGCACUUUUUCUGUGAAAGGAUGUCAAAUUUCACCUUUAGAUUUUGUUUGAAGUCUUUAAUUUUUCAUUUUUGUUUCACAAAUACUAAUAUUAUCCAAUAGUUCUUUCAAAUUGUUAGUAACUAUUGAGAAAAAUGUUACAUUACAUUUAAUUUUGCAUUAGUUUUUAUUGAAAUAUAUUUUUAAAAUUUUCUGCAUGGCUUUUUAAACUGGAAAAGUUUGUAAAAUUUGUCUUUUACCAACUUCAAAAAAAUAAAGCACGUUAUAGCUGUUUAAGUGCUCAAACAAGAUAGAUCAUUUACUGUUUUUUUUUCUCUUUUUUAACAAGUUGCAUAUAUGAAACUUCAGUUAACAAAAAAUUACCUCUGCCUCCUGAUUUGAGAGACAUAAUGCUUUUAAAAGAACCUCUUAACUGCCUCACAUUAAUAACAUUACAAGUGAUUGCCUGUACAUCUGCACUGUUUAAAAUAUUUAUCACUGUCAUAUUAUUCAAAAUCCUUAAAUAAUGUUGUGAUGCAUUAUCAAUUACAGCAAGCUUUGAUUAGGCAGCUGUUAUUUUUGACUGAUCAGUACAAACAUAUAUAACCUCUGCCUAUCUACAUUAAUCAAGCACACUUCAUUAAAGUAACAUUUCAAAUGGUUGUGAACAAUGAACAUCUUCUAGAGGUUGCUUUUUUUGUAUAAUAUGUAAUCUUUGCUUGUGUUGUUUUGAUAUGAAAAGGGUACUGUAUACUGUAUGAGCCUACACCUAUAAAUGCUAAUUUUUAAUUGGCACAAAAAUUCAUAUUUAAAACUGAAAAACUGAAAUUCACACUGAAGUUAAACAUUUAUGUUAAAAGAUCUGUUGAGAGUGAUGUUGAAACAGUGAAGACUUUUGUCUUAUUUUUGUAAAAAUACAUUGUUUUGUAAUUGGUUUUAUAAAAAAUAAAUACAGAAAUUAUUAAAUAAAUAA